AUGCCGGGUCGGCAACAUGCAAGGUUGCAGCCGAUGCAGCUGCUCCUUUUUCCCGAUAUGCGCGGAGAUUUCGGGGCGGUCAAGACAGGAGGGUGGAGGUUGGGAGUGCCAGAGGUGCGGCAAGCGAUCUGUCGCAGCCCAGGCGCUCUUGGACGAGCGUUGCGCCGGUCACGCGGCGGCGCAGCUCCCUCUGCAGCUGGCCACCGCACGGGUCACCUGUGGCGUACUGCGGAGAUGGUCUGGUGCCGUAGGUGCGGGCGCCACGUAGUGCGCCGCCUGGCAAAGCUGCGGGAAGAGUGCCCUGGCCGACCGACGCAGCAAUGGCAGCUCGCCAACCUGAAAGCAGGGCGCGUCCCCAAGGCCCGCACGACCGACCCGCCCAUAGGCCGGCCCGCCCCCCUGAUGGAGGCCGAGUGGGACGCGUGGGGCUCGCGGGACCCUGCGCCAGCGGCGGCGGCAGGGCGCAGCAGCUGA